UUUCAUUAAAAAAUAAAAAAAUAAAUUAUCUUGAGCUUCAAGCUUCGAUCUUUCAGAGCUCUCGUCGGAGGAGAUGAUCGUCGGUGGCCGGAUCCCUCGUUUUCUCCCCUUUCGACCAUCUUCUUCUCUCUUGUUGCUCCGCCGCCGUGAAUUCUGUUCCGUCGCAUCGUCAGAGUCUAGUGGAGAGUGCGAUGUGUUCUUGCCAUGGCUUCAGCGCAAAGCGGGCAGCGAGAUAUCGUCCACUCUUUUCAUUGGAUUCUCCAAAUUCGGAAGGUCGCUGUUCGCUUCGAAGUCCAUCCGAGCUGGGGAUUGCAUAUUGAGGGUUCCCUUCAAUGUUCAAAUCACACAGGAGAACCUACUCCCUGAGAUUGAGUCGCAUCUUGUUAGUGAUGUUUCUAGUAUAUCGCGAGUUGCUCUUGUUCUUCUUGCUGAGAAGAAAUUGGGACAGGAUUCUGAAUGGGCGCCGUACAUCACCAGUCUUCCUUCUAUUCAUGAGAUGCAUAGCACGAUAUUUUGGAGUGAAGAAGAAGUAGAAAUGCUUCACAAGAGCAGAGUGUACCGGGAAACUAUGGAUAAAAAGGCUUUUAUUGAGAAUGAAUUUUCAUCAAUUAGACCUGCCUUGUUGAGCUGUGUCCCUCAAAUAUAUGGAGAUUGUAAAUUGGUGGACUUCAUGCAUGCGUAUAGUUUGGUUGAAUCUCGAGCGUGGAGAACAUCACUGGGUGUUUCUUUGGUUCCGUUUGCAGAUUACCUAAAUCAUGAUGGGGUUUCAGAGGCUGUCUUGCUAAGUGAUGAUGAUAAAGAAAUCUCAGAGGUCAUUGCAGAUAGAGAUUAUGCUGCCUGUGAACAGGUUCUGAUAAGAUAUGGAAAGUUUUCAAAUGCGACACUCCUACUGGAUUUUGGUUUUACACUUCCAUGUAACAUCUAUGACCAGGUUCAGAUAUGCAUGGAUGUACCUUUAGGCGAUCCUUUGUACAAAGUGAAAUCGGAACUCUGGAAGAAAUAUAGUUUGCCAACAGUCAACAAUGCACCUGGUUUCAGCUCAUCAGGAAAUUUCUUCACACUCAAGAAAGUGAAAACUGGCAGUAAAAAAGGAAAAGGCAUUCCACAAGCUCUCCGUGCACUUUCUCGAGUCUUGUCUGCCACAUCAAAUGAAGAACUCAAAGCAAUGGAAACUGAGGCUGCUGAAAAUGAUGGACGGCUUGCUCGAAGAACUUUGAAGGACAUGAGUAAGGAGAUCUUGGCCCAUCACAUUCUGCUUGCUCAGCUUGAGCGUGCAGUUCACUCACAUGUUGCUGCAAUCACGGCUUUGAGUUCAGCUCAAACUUAUAAUGACCACAGUCGAUUCACUUAUAGAAGACAAAUGGCAAGAGAUGUUUUGGAAGGGGAACUUUGUGUUCUACGAUCUGCAUGUGAUUGGAUAAAAAAUUACUGUUUGAGAUUGUUGGAAUAGACUAACACAACCUAUAGGGUGGAUGGUGUUGAGCUUUUCCAAUGAAAUAGUAAUUCAGCCACACAAUAACCAAGUGACCUCAUCAGUAUUGGAGUGAAAUGGCAUCAUAAGUAGAGAGCAAAGCUCGAAGAAAAGCAAAAAGACAAAAGCAUUAGAAAGAAAGGUUGAAACGGGUGCAGAUGUCAUCCAACCAGAACGGCCUCUCUAGGCCCUGGAAGAAGAGUGAAAGCUGGACAUUUGAUCUUCCAAAAGAAGCGAGAGCAUCAGCCACAGCAUUAUCAUCACGAGCAAUGAGGUUGAAGUGUACAUUGGGAAAAUGAUUCAGCAGAAGCUUCAAAUUGAUGAAUUCAGAGUGAACAUGCCAAGUAACACAUGGGUUAUAAUUUUUCAGCAGAUUAGGAAUGCCCGGGCAAUCACAGAAGGCACGAUCCGGAACCCAGUUGAAAUCUUUGCAAAUUUGGAGAGCGCGGUUAAUAGCAGCAAGUUCGGCCAUAAAGGGAGAGUCCAUCUUGGCCCCAGAAGAACCUGCAACCAAGAUGGAAGUAAGAUUAGCAACAAUAAGGAACCCCAUACCAGCAGGGGAGGUACUAGAUGUCCAAGAAGCAUUAGUGAAGAUUGAAAUUGUGCAAUUGAGAGAUCGGGAAGAACACUCCCUGAAAGGAAGUACAUCCAGUUCAGAGCAAAGAGACCAAGCCCUGGGCACAAUAGAGCUAGCAUCAAAAACACAAUUAUUAAAAAUUAAAUUACAUCUCUGCUUCCAAAUUAACCAAGCGACAGUAGCAAUUAGAGCUUGAACUCGAGAAGAAGAGACCCUGCCGAAAAUGAACUCAUCAAGCCAAACACCAGUACUUAAAGAAUUAAGCAAAUCAGAAUUGAGAUUGAGUUUAGAAAAAAGAUCCAUCCAACAAU